UCGGAGGAAUGCAUGUCUUCCCACACAAUGCAUGUCUUCUACCUUGUUACUUUUACUGCCAUGACCUUGUAGUUUAUCAGCAUCACAACAUGAUGGUUCAAUUCAUCCUCUCCCCACCUUUAAAAGAAGGGAAGGAAAGCAGAGGAGAGAAGGAAAACCUAACUGGAUUGCAACCACUGUGAUUGUGACCUCCUCUCUCUCUCUCUCUCUCUCGCAUGUCCUUCUUCUCUUAAUUCCAAUUCCUUCCUCAGUGCUGCUUCGAUCCCUCUGCCUCCCCUCUAUCCCUUUCUGCACAUUCCUCAGUUCCCGACUCGCACGCAACUCUUCUCCCGCCGACAAUUCGGCAGACAGGCAGGAAUUUCUGCUGCAUUCAUUCUCGGGUCUCACCAGAAAUGGGGCGGCACACAUGCUGCCACAAGCAGAAGCUGAGGAAAGGCCUGUGGUCUCCUGAGGAAGACGAAAAGCUCAUCAAGCAUAUAACGACGUAUGGCCAUGGGUGUUGGAGCUCUGUCCCUAAACAAGCAGGUCUUCAGAGGUGUGGAAAGAGCUGCAGGUUGAGGUGGAUAAACUACCUGCGGCCUGACCUCAUACGAGGGGCAUUCUCAGACCAGGAGGAGGAUCUCAUAAUUGAACUCCAUGCGGUGCUAGGAAACAGGUGGUCACAGAUUGCGACACGCUUGCCGGGAAGGACCGACAACGAGAUCAAGAACUUCUGGAACUCUUGCAUCAAGAAGAAGCUCAAGCAGAGAGGCAUCAACCCCAACACGCACAAGCCACUCGCGGAGGCCGAAGCCUCCGAAGAUCAAGCCUCGAAGAGCAGCGAGAGGACUUCCAGCUCCUGCGACCUCAAAGUUCCCAAUGCAACCUUGGAGAGCACCACCGACGCGGUGCCGACUUCCUCCUCCAUGCCAAUGUUGGAUAAGCACGCUGUCGAAAGGAAACCAUCGAAGAACUCGGCCACACCGAUGAAAUGCUUCUUUCUAGGCCAAUUCUUCGCCAGCCAAGACGUCUCGUCCGAUCCAGCCACCAUCUUCCCUCUUGCAGAGUUUAGCUUUGCCACCGACUGCAGCAGAAGCCAGGCAGCGACGGCUGGACUAUCGAUCUGCCCAAAUCCGUAUGGUAGGCUGUUCGAAAUGAAUCACGACUUGAGCUGCAACACAUUAUCCACAGGUUUCCCAUCAACUCCGACCGCAGUCAUUUCCACUUCCAUGGGCCUGAGAACAAACAUCAACCUCCCACCAUAUAAUCCUGCACACGUCUGUGCUGGAAUUGAUGGUAUUCGGUACAGUGAUGCUGUUUACUCCAGCAACACAAGUCAGAGCAGCAUCAGCAGCGUUGGCGGAAUAGAGAUGCAGAACAGCAGCCCCUUCUUCGACAAUGGCUUCUUCCCUUGGUCGGAGUUGACGCCAGACACGGACACCCAAGUCCAGCUCGAAGGCGAGCCCGAGGAUCUCAAAUGGUCGGAGUACCUCGAGGGUGGCUUCCUCGUAGCAACCAUCCAAAACCGAAGCCAAUCUGUGCAUUGUGAUGUCAAGACAGACAGCAAUCUGUGUUCAGUGAUGUGGGCGUGCCAGCAUCAGCUACAGUCUCCAGACGUAUACGGCAAGGAUUUCCGGAUUUCAUCCGUGGGAUUCGGACAAGUAUAGAUCGCGAUAGAUUACACCAAGUUAAAGAUGGUCCGAUUUGCAAGAUUUGUGUGACAGAAUUUAUGGUGUGUGUAGAUAGAUAGACAUGGCAAUAAGUGUGUCAAAUAAAGCUUUCUCCAGUCUCUGUCUUCACACUUUUUCCAGUUCUAAUCUAAGCUUUUAAAGAUACGCAAGCUCA